AUGUUCAACCAAACUACUGUGAUCGAGUUCCUUCUCCAGGGAUUCUCUGAUGUUCGGGAGCUGCAGAUUUUGCACUUUGUGGUGUUUCUGCUGAUUUACCUGGCAGCCCUGAUGGGAAAUCUUCUCAUCACCAUGGUUGUAGCCCUGAACCACCACCUUCACACCCCCAUGUACUUCUUCCUGGUGAACCUAUCCAUUAUAGACCUUGGCUCCAUCUCUGUCACCAUCCCCAAGUCCAUGGCCAAUUCCCUCAUGAACACCAGGGUGAUUUCUUAUCCUGGAUGUGUCACCCAAGUCUUUCUCUUUUUCCUCUUCACUGCAGCUGAUUUUGCUUUACUCACGAUCAUGGCAUAUGACAGAUACGUUGCCAUAUGCCAACCACUGCACUACGAGAGCGUAAUGAACAGGGGAGCUUGUGUCCAUAUGGCAGCCAGUGCCUGGAUUACUGGUAUUGUCUACGCUUCACUGCACACCGGGAACACCUUCAGGUUACCCUUCUGCCAGCCCAAUGUCAUCAAUCAGUUCUUCUGUGAAAUCCCCCAGCUACUCAAGCUCACCUGCUCUGACUCGUACCUCAGUGAAGUUGGGCUUCUUGCCUUUAGUAUGUUUUUAAGUUUAAACUGCUUUGUUUUUAUAAUUGUGUCUUAUGUUCAGAUCUUCAAAACUGUGCUGAAAAUCCCAUCUGAGCAGGGUCGGCGUAAAGCCUUCUCCACCUGCCUUCCUCACCUCAUUGUAGUGUGUUUGUUCCUUUGCACUGGCUCCUUUGAGUACAUGAAACCCUCCUCCAGCUCAGCAUCAGGGCUGGAUCUCAUGGUGGCUGUUCUCUCUUCUGUGGUACCUCCACUGAUGAAUCCAAUCAUCUACAGCAUGAGGAACAAGGAGAUCAAAGCUGCAUUAAAGAAAUUGAUUGUGUGGAGGUUAUUCACCAACAAAAAAAAUGUCCGUCAUUGA